AUGAUUCCUUCAGACUACACUCCGGCGGACAGCACCAAUGGCAUUACUCAAGAGGACUGCUGGACCGUUAUUACUUCUUUCUUUGAUGAGAAGGGUCUUGUGCGCCAACAGCUUGACUCCUUUGACGAGUUUGUCCAGAACACUAUGCAAGAACUUGUUGACGAGAAUGCCGACCUGGUCUUGGACCAGGGUGCUCAGUACUCUGGUGAACAUGACAACAAUGCCCGCCGCUAUGAGAUCCACUUUGGACAAAUUUACCUUUCACGGCCGACCAUCAUUGAAGGCGAUGGAAGCGUGGUUCCCGUGUUUCCGCAAGAAUCUCGACUUCGCAACCUAACAUAUUCGGCACCACUUUACGUUGAUAUGACUAAAGCAGUUUUCGUCCCGGAUCCUAGCAGCUCUGGCAACAGCGGUGAAAUAGAGUGGAUUCCUGCAGACACCAGCAACCCCGUGGAGCAAGUUAACAGUGUUUGGAUUGGCAAGGUCCCGAUCAUGUUACGGUCUCAGUUCUGCAUCCUACACGGAUUGUCGGAGAGAGAGUUAUAUGAUUUGAACGAGUGCCCCUACGACCAGGGUGGCUACUUCAUCAUCAAUGGGUCAGAAAAAGUACUUAUAGCACAGGAGCGAAUGGCCGCAAACCACGUGUACGUCUUCGCCAAAGCUCAGCCGUCACCGGUCUCCUUCCUAGCCGAGGUGCGGAGUGCCGUCGAGAAAGGCGGCAAGACCAUCAGUACGAUGCAGGUCAAAAUGUACCACCGAAAUCCUCAGAAGACUUUGGGGAACGUUAUCCGGGCUACACUACCUUACAUUCGAGAUGAUAUCCCGAUCUGGGUUGUUUUUCGUGCUCUUGGAAUCACAUCUGACCGCGAUAUCUUGGAACACAUUUGUUACGAUUCUAACGACACACAAAUGGUUGAAAUGUUAAAGCCAUGUAUAGAUGAAGGUUUCGUGAUCCAGGAGCGCGAGGUUGCCCUUGAUCUCAUCGGCAAACGUGGGACAACGACGGGUCUGACGAAGGACAAGCGUCUUCGUUACGCGCAAGAAAUUCUGCAAAAGGAAAUGUUACCUCAUAUUUCGAUGAAUGAGGGUUCUGAAAGCAAGAAAGCUUUCUUCUUUGGGUACAUGAUCCACCGGUUAUUGCUGGCUGCUUUGGAACGACGGGAGCUAGAUGAUCGUGAUCACUUCGGAAAGAAGCGAUUGGAUCUGGCUGGACCACUUCUGGCUAGUCUGUUCCGAAUGCUAUUCCGGAAGCUCACGAAGGAUGUCUAUCGACAUUUGCAGAAGUGCGUGGAAACACACAAAGAAUUCACCAUUGGCCAGGCUGUUAAACCAAGUACUAUCACUAACGGCCUCAAGUACUCUCUCGCCACCGGUAAUUGGGGCGACCAGAAGAAAGCCAUGUCUUCGAAAGCUGGAGUCUCACAAGUGCUCAAUCGGUACACCUUCGCCUCCACGCUUUCGCACUUGCGACGUUGUAACACCCCUCUUGGUCGCGAUGGCAAGAUUGCUAAACCUCGUCAACUGCAUAACACACACUGGGGCAUGGGUCAGGCAUGCGGUCUAGUAAAGAAUCUGUCUCUCAUGGCUUGCAUAUCUGUUGGUUCAAUCUCUGCUCCUGUCAUCGAAUUCUUGCAAGAGUGGGGGCUCGAGAGUCUAGAAGAGAACAGCGCUCACGGGAACGCUACAAAAGUGUUCGUGAAUGGUGUUUGGUUAGGUGUACAUCGUGACGCUCCCAACCUUGUCAAGACUCUGCGGCGGUUGCGGAGAAAGGACGAUAUAAGCUCAGAAGUGAGCAUCGUUCGUGAUAUCCGUGAGCGUGAGUUGCGUCUCUAUACAGACGCUGGCAGAGUAUGCCGCCCAUUAUUUAUUGUCGAGGACCAGCAGUUGAUGUUGAAGAAAGAGCACAUCAACAAGCUUAAUGACCGAAAUGCGACACAACCAUACAAGUGGUCCGACUUGGUUAGGGACGGUGUCAUCGAGUUGCUCGAUGCAGAGGAGGAAGAGACAGUCAUGAUUUGCAUGACCCCAGAUGAUCUGGAGAAUUCACGAACUAAUGCUGCAACGGCUGGAUACGUUUCCAAUGUCGGCGCAUCGGACCACGAUGUCGCAGCUCGAAUCCGUAGCACCAUGACUGCGCAUACGUGGACCCAUUGUGAGAUUCACCCAAGCAUGAUUCUGGGCAUUUGCGCCAGCAUCAUUCCUUUCCCUGACCAUAACCAAUCGCCGCGUAAUACCUAUCAAUCGGCUAUGGGAAAACAAGCGAUGGGUAUUUACCUCACUAACUUCCAAGUCCGCAUGGACACAAUGGCAAACAUCCUUUACUACCCUCAAAAGCCCCUUGCUACCACCCGAUCCAUGGAAUACCUCCGCUUCAGGGAGCUACCGGCUGGUCAAAACGCUACUGUCGCAAUUCUGUGUUACAGUGGAUAUAACCAGGAAGAUUCGGUCAUCAUGAAUCAGAGCUCCAUCGAUCGCGGUCUUUUCCGAACUGGUCUCCUCACGCUUGAGGAGUUCGAAAAGCCAACGCGCGAUACCACGCUUCGUAUGAAGCAUGGGACGUAUGAGAAAUUAGAGGACGACGGUCUCAUCGCCCCAGGGACUGGUGUCGUUGGUGAAGACAUCAUCAUCGGAAAGACUGCACCUCUGCCUCCUGAUAGCGAGGAACUUGGACAACGACUUCGAACACAUACCCGACGUGAUGUAUCAACACCACUCAAAUCGACUGAGAACGGCAUUGUGGACCAAGUCCUUAUUACCACAAAUGCGGAAGGUCUCAAAUUCGUCAAGAUACGCAUCCGAGCCACUCGUGUUCCUCAAGUUGGUGACAAGUUCGCUUCUCGCCAUGGUCAAAAAGGUACUGUCGGCAUUACCUACCGACACGAAGAUAUGCCCUUCACUGCUGAAGGCAUUACACCCGAUCUUGUCAUCAAUCCUCACGCUAUCCCGUCUCGAAUGACUAUCGGCCACUUGAUCGAGUGUUUGCUCAGCAAACUCGCAACUUUGAUAGGGAAUGAAGGAGACGCCACCCCAUUCACCGAAUUAACUGUGGAGUCUGUCUCGCAGUUGCUACGCCAGCACGGUUACCACUCUCGAGGCUUGGAAGUCAUGUAUCAUGGGCAUUCAGGAAAGAAACUUCAAGCCCAGGUGUAUCUAGGUCCCACGUAUUAUCAGCGUCUGAAACACAUGGUGGACGAUAAGAUACACGCACGAGCGCGUGGGCCAGUGCAGAUUCUUACCCGUCAACCUGUGGAAGGUCGUAGUCGAGAUGGUGGUCUUCGUUUCGGUGAAAUGGAGCGCGAUUGCAUGAUCUCCCAUGGCAUUGCAGGUUUCUUGAAAGAACGAUUAUUCGAUGCUAGCGACGCCUACAGAUUGCAUGUCUGUGAUAUAUGUGGUUUGACCGCGAUUGCUAACUUGAAAAAACAACAAUUCGAGUGCCGAGCCUGCAAAAACAAGGUUGCUGUUUCCCAAUUGUACAUCCCAUAUGCCGCGAAGUUGCUAUUCCAGGAGCUUCAGGCAAUGAAUAUCGCUGCUCGACUGUAUACGGAGAGCACAGGGAGAGUUCGUUCAUAG